GUACCCUAGAACUCACCUAUAUUAUGUAUUUGUUAAUUUUAGUUAUAAAAACUACAUUGAGAGAAGAAAUCUAAUUGCUGGAUCACUUCUUAUUUCCACUUUGGAAGCAUAAUAAUUAAUCAAUAUCGUAAACACUCAAAUCCACCGUAGAAACUCUAGAAAGCAAAGAAAAAUAAAUAAAAAAUUAUUAUUAUAGUUAGAUAUACAAAAGCACAGAAAAUAAAAUUUAAAAUGAAAGACGAAUGAAGAAGAAAGAAGAAAGAACCCAUAUGUGUUUGUGUGUGUAUAUAUAUAUAUAUAUGUAGAAAAUUGCUUGUGUAACUUCUCUUUGGCUACAUUGUCUUUUCUUUAGCAAGAAAAUAAGCCCCUCAACGUCACUCCUUAAACUCAAUUCCCUUCUCUUCUUCUCUUUCUUUCCUUCACAGUUUUUUCAUUAUCAUUGCAUGUUCUCAUUAAAAAGAUCACUUAUAUUAGAAACCCUUUUGCAGCCGAACCAUUAGUCUCAGUCUUUUAUAAACUGUUCGUGUGUUCUUUGGUCUUUCUUGCUGAUUUUUUUUUUUUUAAAGUCUUUCUUGGGUUUUGAAUGGGACCCAUCAGAGGUUUAAAGAGAAGAAAGAAAGCAGAGAAGAAGGUUGACCAGAAUGUGUUGGCUUCUGCUUUGUCUUCAUUGAAACAAGAACAAACUUUAGAUUGGUGGGAUGAUUUCUCUAAAAGGAUUACUGGUCCUCUAUCUGGAUCAAGAAAUACAAAGAAAUUUGAAUCUGUUUUCAAAAUUUCAAGAAAGACAUUCAACUAUAUCUGUUCACUUGUGAAUAAUGAUCUGAAGGCUAGGCAAUCUAACUUGACUGGUACCAAUGGGAAGCCACUAUCUCCAAAUGACCAAGUAGCCAUUGCUCUUAGGAGACUUAGCUCUGGUGAAUCAUUGUCAAGCAUUGGUGAUUCGUUUGGGGUUAACCAAUCAACUGUUUCUCAUGUAACCUGGCGGUUUGUGGAAGCAAUGGAAGAAAGAGGGCUGCACCAUCUUCGCUGGCCUUCAACUGAAACAGAAAUGGCAGCCAUAAAGUCCAAGUUUGAGAAGAUACAUAGCCUCCCUAAUUGCUGUGGGGUGAUUGACACUACACACGUUGUCAUGACACUGCCUGCUGUUGAUCAUUCGAAUGACGUAUGGAUUGAUCGGGAAAAGAAUCAUAGCAUGGUUUUGCAAGCAAUUGUGGACCCCGACAUGAGAUUCCGUGAUGUUAUUGUUGGGUAUCCAGGUAGUUUAAGCGAUGCCCUUGUGCUCCAGAACUCAAGUUUUUUUAAACUUUCAGAAGAAGGGAAAAGGCUAAAUGGGAAGAAGAUGGAGCUCAUGGAAGGAACAGAGUUGGGAGAAUAUAUUAUAGGUGAUGCAGGGUUUCCCCUAAUGCCAUGGUUAUUUACACCUUAUCAACAUCCACACCAGGAACAUCAGAUCGAGUUUAACAACCGACACUCAGCGACAAUGUUAUUAGCACAGAUUGCAUUGACAAGACUGAAGGAAAUUUGGAGGAUUAUUCAUGGAGUAAUGUGGCUGCCUGAUAAAAAUAGGUUGCCAAGAAUAAUAUUUGUAUGCUGCUUGCUGCAUAAUAUUGUUAUUGACAUGGAAGAUAAGGUGCUUGAUGAGAUGCCGGUGUCUGAUAGUCAUGACAAGGAUUAUCGGCAACAGAUUUGUGAAUCUGCCUCCAAUUCAGGCACUGAAAUGAGAGAAAAGCUAUCUCUUUACUUAUCUGGACAUCCAGGCAACAGAGUUCCUAGAGACACAGAGCUAGUGAAGAGUCAAGAGAUGCCUUUUCAUAAAAGCUCAUUUGUCUGGGGAGAUAUUGAAUCCAUGGAAGUUUUUCGACUCUUGCCACAGAAACCACAUUUUAGUCCUCUGAUUGAAUUUGAGGAGGCAAGCCGGGAAGGGGUCGCCAUGCGUCAUAUGAUGACCUUCGCCAUGUUGGUAGAGAAGACAUCCAAGUUGCGAGUGGACGAUCCCAGAAACCUUUUCCAAAGCUAUUUGGAAAUUCUUGCUAAUCUGAGAUUGCAUGGCUUUGAUGUUAAGGCAGUAAUGGAUCGCCUGAAUAUGUUGCUGUCAAUGAAAGAUAGGUAUGAACAGCUCAAGGGUCCGUCGAAAAACGGGCACGUUCAGCUCAUAGAGCAUAAUUAUGAAAUGAUGAAGUUGGAAGAAGGUAUAGAUAAAACUGACAAGACAAUAAGCGAGUCAGGAGAGAAACAGGCAAUGAAGGUGGUGACUAAAGAUUCUGGGAAUAAUGCUUCAAAGGUGGAUGCUGAAGUUAUAAGUGCAGACAUAUUGAGUACCAAGCUUCAGUUUGAAAGCCUAGCUGCUGCACCUUGGUAACUGAUUGUAAUAUCUGAGAGGAGAUGGAGUAGAACAAUUUGUAAGAACCAGUUGUCUAACUUUAUAUUAUUUAUUUAUAUAGAUCUUACAACACACAUUCUUUCA